AUGGCCCCCGGCCCCUUCGCCCGCUUCGCCGCGCGCCAGCCCGGCCGCAACUCCCUCCUCCUCUUCCUCGGCACCUUCAAGGCCCUCGCCGCCGCCCACCUCCUCAUAGACUACGGCUACCGCACCGGCCCCGCCCAGGGCGCCUCCAUGCUCCCCACCUUUUCCAUCUUUGGCGAUCACUUUCUCAUCUCGCACCACCACCGCCGUGGCCGGGGCAUCCGCGUCGGCGACCUCGUCGAGUACAGCAUCCCCAUCUUCCGCAACAGCCGCGGCAUCAAGCGCGUUAUCGGCAUGCCGGGCGACUACGUCCUCAUGCAUACGCCGGGGGCGCCCGUGGCCGAAGGCGCCGAGCCCUACAUGAUGCAGGUUCCCGAAGGCCACUGUUGGAUCGUUGGCGAUAACCUGCCCAGUUCGCGAGACUCGAGGACCUUUGGACCACUACCCCUCGCCUCUAUACACGGCAAGGUCAUAGCCAAGGUGUUACCUCUGAAGGAAGCGGAAUGGAUAGAGAACCCUUUAGAUGAAUCACAUUGA